AUUGAUCCACGCAGCCAAUCUGGGUGGAAAGGUGAAAACCACGGGAACAACAGGACCGCAGUCGAGCGAUGACUCGGUUGGCGUGGCAUCAUGUUUUUGCGACCCUGCUUUUCGCGGGGUCUGCCUACAUGAUGGAAGAUGCGACCACAGCCUGCUUGAUGUGGCAGGGAGAUGGAUGCGAAAGCAUUACAGAUGAAACAUUGUGCGUUCACAGUCGUGAUGGUAUGGCGCAUGAUUUUUUUGGCAGCGUCCGAUUAGGAAAAGCCUGCGGUUGGCAUAAACGUGGCAUUUGUGAGCGAGUUGAUGAAUGGAUGCGGAAACGGGAGGAUCCAGGUGACUACAAAGUUGCCACUUGCAAGGAUGGAGAGACGAUUAACACCACCAUUGCAGCAGUGCAGCCCCCCGCGUCCACUGAAACGCACUCAACUCCAGGAGCCCGAGCUCACAUGCCGUGGGGCGCAGUAAAACUGCAGCCAAUGGAUGGUGGUAGCAAUCGUGCUUGCCGUGGAGUCACCCAAGGGCAGACAGGGUUUGUGUCCCGCCAGUACAACUUGUGGACUGCUCAAACUCUUGACGACUGCAAGGCCUUAUGUACUGGUCCUUGCACCGGUAUUGAGUUCCAAGCUUCCAAAAAGUACUGCGAGACCUGGUUUGGCGACAUCCUUUUCUCCACCAAGAGCGAUGGUUUUGAGUGUUAUGUGAAAGAGAACAUUGACCAGGCCUCGAAGUUGGCCAUGAUCCGACCACAGGACGACAGUUGCCUGCGAGAAGAGAUCAGGGGCUGCGGAGCCUUGCAGGAUCGCUACAGCUGCCUCAGCAGCAAGGAUGGUAGUGACACCACUGACAUCUACGGUUUGAAGGUGAAGGGUGAGCCUUGCAUUUGGUGUGGUGGCACGGCAUGCAGAACUGGAAGCGCUAAUAAGUGCGAACCCUUCGACUUCCUCAUGCGUGGCAUGGGAAAGGAGCAUGGCUUUGACAGCUUCACAGCUGUUGGCAGUUUCGAGACACCCACCUGUGAGGCUGGCAAGUCCACAGUCUUUGAUGAGGCAGCGCAGAUGGUCUUUGGAAAUGUGGACUGUUUGAAGAAGCAGGCGGAAGGAUGCGGCGCCAUCAAGGACAGGUCCACGUGCCUUUCCAGCGUUGACGGACGGCAAUUUCCCGGACUGAAGGUGGAAAACCAACCAUGCGUCUGGUGCGGAGGGGCGCCUUGCAACACCGACAACGACAAUCUCUGCGAGCCCUACGGCUUUGCUUUGAAUGACAAGAGCGGUGCCUUUCACACGUACUUCUCCGCAGCCUGCGAGGCUGGGCAACCAGUCGAGGAGUCCAUCUCCACUGCAAUGGCACGACAGGGCUCGGUGAAGGUUGUCAAUUGCGGACUUCCAAAUCCUACUUGGCUUGGUGUCAGCAAGAAUUGCGGCUUCUGCAAGGUCCAAGUGGCAGACCAGGCCGCAGAGUCCUACCUCUCAUGCAAUGCUUACUGCCAAGCCCAAGGGGGUCUCCAGUGUGCAAAAGCAUUCAAGGGCUUCAUGAGCAGCUGUGAUGUUGGGCCAGAGAUCACCUGCGACGCCGCAUUUGAAAAGAACAGCUACCCCGUGUGCGAAUGCAGUCCAGCAACUGUCAAGGACAAUGGGCCGAAUGUCAUGAUGGCAACUCAUUUGCCGCGUCCUGCAGAGGAAAAACUUGCGUGCUUGGAUGUGGUUGCUGAAGGUUGCGGAUCUUUGAAGGACCAACUGAAAUGCUUGAGCAGCAAGGAUGGCUCUGUGGCAGAUUAUCGUGGCUUGAAGAUUGCCGGAGAACCAUGCGUUUGGUGCGGCGGAGGGUCUUGCUCUGACAACGACGAGAAUGUCUUGUGCGCUGCUUAUGACUUCCUUGCAAAUGGCCAGGGCUUGGCCUUCACAAGCCGACAGGCUAUCACAGUCAUGGAUGUGGCUCACUGCAAGGAGCCGCGUACCAGCUUCGGCAAUGUCGAUUGCCUGAAUCGUGUUUCAGAAGGCUGCGGCAGUCUGCAGGACAAGGAUACCUGCUUAGCCAGCGUUGAUGGCAGCCCAUACAAGCAGCUUGCCGGUUUGAAGGUUGAGGGUCAGCCGUGUGUUUGGUGCGGUGGCGGGCCAUGCAGCGAACAUGGAAACCUCUGCGAGCCGCAUGAGUUUGUUGUCCACGGAGUAGGUCAUGCCUUCAAUACGGGAACGUCGAUUUACACGACAGCUGCCUGUGAGGCCGGCAAGCCCGUGCAGCAUGAAAUGCCAAGCUCCAUGGCGAACUAUGGAGCUAACGUGGCAGUGGACUGUGGCAUUCCCAACCCAAUUUGGUACAAAGUGGGUAAGGUCUGUGGCUUCUGCAAGGUUCAGGUUGCAAAGAUGGCUCUUCCAGUCUACAAGAACUGCACAGGAUACUGCAAAGCUCAAGGCCUCACGUGCUCGAAAGCAUUCAAGGGGUAUUUGCACAGCUGCGAUGUGGAGUCCCCAUUGGGAUGCGACGAAGCUUUCGGAACCGAGACAGCACCAUUGUGCCAAUGCUCGCCGGCCCUCAUUAAGGCUAUCUACACUGCCUUUGGGUGGCCCAAUUCAAGCGUUUUGCACUAG